AAACAAUCAAUGUUUUGUACUUAAAUUUUACUCAAAUACGAUAUAACUCGAUCUAUAUAUUAUUAACGAAAUUUAAUAUAUACAUACAAGUGCAUAUACAUUCGAGGAAAUUACAUCGACGUAUUAUUGCACCAUCUAACUUUAUAGAUAUAGAAUUAAAGUCGUAGAGAGUUAAAGUUCUUAUUUUAAUUUGAGGUCCAUGGCUUCAUUACUUUAUACACAGCACAGAACUUCGUACACAGUAUAUAAUACACACAAAAAUAACUUAUAAAAUAGUAACGUUGAUUCAAAGAGAAAUAAUAUUCUUUGAAUAUUUUUUCUAUUAUUAUCUUUCUCUAAUAGAAGCAUGGAGGAAGAAGAAUUGAUAAAUGAGAUUGCUAAAUUACGUGAGCUUUUGCAUGAGAAGGAAUCUGAGUUAGCUAAUAUAAGGCGCGCGAAACAAAUUCCACGUGACCACGGUUUGAAUAACGAUGAAAUUAGCAGAUAUAGCAGGCAAAUUUUUUUGCCAGAAAUUGGUGUAACAGGACAAAAAAAGAUAAAGGAAUCUUCAGUACUUAUCGUGGGAGUAGGUGGAUUAGGUUGUCCUUCUGCAUUAUACUUAACAUGCAGUGGUAUUGGACGUAUUGGACUUGUCGAUUAUGAUAAUAUUGAAAUUAAUAAUUUACACAGACAGGUCUUAUUCACGGAAGGAUCUAUUGGAAUGCCUAAAGUAACUGUAGCUGCAGAAUUUCUCAACAAGUUAAAUAGUUAUACAGAAGUUACUCCUUAUAAACUUCAACUGGACAGUAGCAAUGCUUUAAAAAUUAUAGAAUUGUAUGAUAUUGUAUUGGAUGCAACUGACAAUGUAGCAACGCGUUAUUUAUUAAACGAUGCGUGUGUUUUAAGUAACAAACCUUUGAUCUCAGGAUCAGCAUUGCGUUUUGAAGGACAUUUGUCUGUAUUUAAUUACAAAGGUCCUUGUUACCGAUGUAUCUUUCCUAAACCACCAUCUCCUGAAACAGUAACUAAUUGUGGUGAUGGUGGUGUACUUGGAGCAGCUGUUGGAACUAUUGGUGUUUUACAAGCAGUGGAAGCUAUUAAAGUAAUUCUUGACAUGCCUGAAACACUUUCUGGCCGUUUGUUAGUAUUUGAUGGAAUUGAAACACGAUUUCGUAAUAUCAAUUUACGAACCAGGAAUCAAGAAUGUGCCAUUUGUGGAAAAAAUCCAAUUAUAAAAGAAUUAAUUGAUUAUGAACAGUUCUGUGGUGCAAAAGCAAAUGAUAAAAAUCCUAAUUUAAAUCUACUUAAAAAUGAAGAUAGAAUAACAGUUGAAACAUAUAAUCAUAUAAUAAAAUUUAACACAGAAGAUCACUUAUUAAUUGAUGUGCGUUCACCCGAAGAAUUCCAAAUUUGUCGUUUGAGAAAUUCUAUAAAUAUUCCAUUGUAUGAGAUUUACAAGGAUAAUGCUACUAAGCAAAUAAAAAGUGAAAUAGACAAGCAGGAUAAUGGAAAAACAAUAUCAAAAGUUUAUGUUUUAUGUAGAAGAGGAAAUGAUUCACAGAAAGCAGUAAAACACCUUCAAGAGAUAUUUAAAGAUAGUAAAUUAAACAUAAAAGACAUCAUUGGAGGAAUUCAUGCCUGGAGUAAUAAAAUCGAUUCAACAUUUCCUAUUUAUUGAUUAUUCGGCCUAAUGAAAUAUUCAAUAUUUCAUUAUGAUACAAAUGUGUAUACAUCUGCGAUUAUAUAUAUAAAUCUAUAUAUAUAUAUAUAUAUGUUACAUAUGUUUGUAUAUAAUUUAUACAAGUAUUAUUUUUUCUAAAAUAGAGAUAUGCUACAAAAAAGUUAUGAAAGAGAAA